AUGUCUUCAAAGAAGCUGUUCAUAUUUGGCUUGGGUUACUCUGCGUCUCGAGCAGCUCGCGUCUUUCAAUCGGCUGGCUACUUGAUUUCAGGUACCGUUCGGUCUGUCAAUUCUGCGUCGCAAUUAUCUCAAGUGGAUGCCGAAUUAUUUCGUUUUGAUCAAUCUGAUUCUUCACCACAGAACGUUUAUGUGUUUGAUGGGGAAAGUUGGAGUGACAGCAAUUUAUUCUCACUUGAGUUAGCUCUUAAAGGUGUUACGCAUGUACUGAUUUCUGUACCCACGGGGCGCAUCGACGGAAAGGAAGAUCCCGUUUUGUCAAGUCUGGGAGAUCUCUUGAUCUCUGCUAUAAAAGACUCGGUACAGUGGGUGGGAUAUUUGUCUACUAUUGGAGUUUACGGAGAGACAAAUGGAGAAAUAGUGAACGAAUCUGCUCCCGUGAAAUCGUUAGUAAAGCGAUCGCAAAUGCGGAUCAAAGCUGAACAAUUAUGGCUCGAAUCGGGUCUUCCUGUUCACAUUUUUCGAAUUGCUGGAAUUUAUGGACCUGGUCGAGGAAUCAUUCCUAAAGUUCGGAGCGGAAUGGCAACGAGAAUUCACAUUCCUAAUCGUAAAUUUAAUCGAAUUCACGCUGAUGAUAUAAUCAAUAUUUUGCUGGCGUCGGCGGCUCAGCCAAACCCAGGAGCGAUUUACAACGUAUGCGAUGAUGAACCAGCGCCGGCUGAUGAAGUCACGGCUUAUGCGUGUGAAUUAUUGGGAGUCUCGAUGCCUCCUCUUCAAUCUUGGGAAAAAGCUGAGAAAGAUAUGAGUCCAAUGGUAAAGAGCUUUUACGCCGAAAGUAAACUAUGUGCUAAUCAAAGGAUCAAACGCGAGCUUGGGGUAAAAUUGUUAUACCCAACCUAUCGUUAUGGACUUCUUGCACAAGUGCUGGAAGAGGAAAAAUUGGUGAAGAAUGAGCUAAAAGCACCGAUCAAGAGUCUUUUCGCUUCAUCAGAUUCUAUCCCUCGUAUGAUUGUGCUUAUAAACACUGGCUCGUUGCGUGCAGAAUCGUACGCAAAUAUGCGUCACAUUAGUUUCCAAUUAAGUCGAGCAUUACGUCAACUUGUAGUGCCGUGUGGCUUUGGAUUGUCGGACCAAGUGAACACUCGAGAGCAUAAUGGACUUAGGGCUAAGACCCUCGAGAUGGUCGUGGCUGAGCACCUUGCUCUUCAUAACAAUUGUGCAAGUGAAAUAAUCGUUUUGCCGCUUUUCCUCGGACCAAGCGUGAUAAUGAGAGACUAUAUGCCGAACAUUUUUGACAAGGUGUGGGCUGCGCGUCCUUCAGCGUCACUUUCAGUUCGUGUCGGUGAUUGUCUUGUAAAGAGCUGUGAUGACACUCGUGUUGCUGAGAUGCUGCUUGAACGAAGUAGCCAAGUUGUGAAUUUCACGACUGUGAAAGAGAAUGUGACUAUACUUGUUGUAUAUCCUGAUACCUUAAGUCGGGAAGCAUCCGGAGAAAUUGACAUGGUGGCGCAACAGUUGCGUAGGUUACUCAAAACCAACCAGCACAUAAAAUUGGCUGGCUCAGCUUGUAUUGAGUCCCAGAAAGGUGCCAGUCACGACUCUAGCGAUCCCCCUCUUGCUGAGGCGCUCGAAUACUACUCUGUGAGCGAAGGUAUUGUCGUUUUUGCAAAGUCGUUCUUCUCGGAUGAUUGCAUAGAAAAAAAUAUCGAAGAGAUCAUACAGUGCGUUCGUGCAGGCCACCCAGACCUAGACUUACGUGUUGCGGAGGCCCUGGGACCAAAUGAGCUGCUGUCAAGUAUCCUGAGCGAUCGCUACGACUCCGCAGUAUCCAAAGACACUCCAGACUACUCGCUGUGUGGAUCCAAGUAA